CUCUUUCAACCAUCGACCGCCGUAAGAAUCAGCAACACAGUUACAGCCAUGUCUUUCUUUAUGAACAGUGCAGCCAACCAGACGGUUAAUAUGCAGAACAUGGCCAUGGCCGAGCAAGAGCUUGAAAUGGUGUCGGACCUGUUUAACCGCAUCGUGUCGUCAUGCCACCAAAAAUGCAUCCCCAAGACCUACAUCGAAGGCGAUUUGAACAAAGGCGAGGCAGUCUGUAUCGACCGCUGUGUUUCCAAAUUUUUCGAGGUCAACAAGUCUGUAGGCACUAAACUUCAGCAAAUGUCUGGAGCUGGUCUUCCCAUGUAAAAUAUGCACCGUAGCCGUUAUCCUCAAUAAACUGAUGGCUUUGUAUGAGGUUA